GAACAUGUAAAUAGCUGCUUUGCAAAGUAAAUUUAUGUAGAUUCGAGAAAAUGCAAAAUAAAAUAGGUGCCACUAUAUUUGGCUAGCUGUACUAUCAACCGAGUUCACCAACCCACUAACCAAGUACUGGCGCUCUCGACCUGCAGAGUAUUACAGUUGUUCGGAGCAAUCUUCAUCUUCUUCAGUAAUUAAGAAACCUUUCGGCCAAAGACAGACCUAGGUUACUGGGCGCUAUGGCAUGGAAAUUUGGCCUGUGGUUUGGAAUAUUAGUCGUUAUGUUCAGCUGCAUCAGUGACAAUCUGGGAAAAGCUUCGUGUUCAGAAAUUAAAUUGAUUGUUCUAGUUAAUGAGACUUACACAGGAGUCAUCAGAUAUUUUAACAUUUCUGAAAAUACCGCCGUCGAAACGUAUGUAAUUGCGACCGCAAAUUACAGCAAGUUUACAAACGACUCAUGUUGUGUAGCAGGAUAUUACUUUAAAGGAUCUUUGGAAUACUGUAAGAUAUAUCCUGUACAGAUAUUCAGUGGAAUUAAUUUUACAUGGAACCUCUUUCCUUCGUGCUUACUGCAAUCAAAUUAUGCAAGUGAUAACCUCUGCUCCAUUCUGAAACAUAUUAAUGACUGCCGCAAACCAACUCCUACAAACAGUGCAACUACAAACUCAUUCACCACUUCCACUGGAAUGGGAAGUAGUGCAAGUACAACCAGCACACUGGAACAUGCAAGUGCAACUACAAACUCAUUCACCACUUCCACUGGAAUGGGAAGUAGUGCAAGUACAACCAGCACACUGGAACAUGCAAGUACAACUACAAACUCAUUCACCACUUCCACUGGAGUGCAAACUAAAACGAUCACAUUAAAUCCAAUCAACACUACUGAUGGAUACGUAAAAGCUGAAGAUCUUUCUAAUAUAAUGAACAAUCCAAGUUCAGUGGUGGAUAAAAUGGGAGAUGACACUCUAGCAACUGUCAACAUUGGAGCGGCGAAGGGAAUCAUUGAGCUUUUUUCCAACAAAACAAAACAUGAAGAUGUGACAUAUAUCUUGAACAACAAUAGCAGCCUUGCUAAAUUACAGGAUGGCACAGACUUCGUGAAUUCAUUUAUGAUCCCAGGUGAAGCAAUUGAUAUCGCUGCGAAAAAGAACAACAAAUCUUUUAUAUUGAUUGUUUGUUCCCCACCCAUGAUAGAGGAUAAAGAUAAAAGGAACAUUAUAAAUUUUAAGAUUUUUGCCAUUGAAAUGGGAACCUCCAUAUCUAACCUUUCACGUACGAUAAACAUUACAUACAAAAACAUUCCCAAGAACAAAAAUCUCACUUGCUGUUCGUGGAAUGGAACAGGUAUUCCCCAUAUCCUUUGUAAUGAACAAAUGAGCCAGUUUGCUUGUUCACCAUAUCAUACCUGCAUCUUAAAAAGUGGGUAGAACUGAACUCAGCUCAAACAAUGAUGUCAAGCUUUAGAAAUCGGCCAAGAAAUGCAUAGCCGAGAUGGGGAAGUGUGUGGCUCAGCAGGUUAAGGCUGGUUCAUACUUCAUAUGGAUACAUCACUUUUCCAUGUGUGCUUGUGUACAGACUGUAUUUGUCGGUGGAUGUAGAUGGUUGCAGUUGGUAGAUGUGUAAAGCAAGGAUAUUCCACCAGACCAGGACAGGGCAAACAAAUACCAGCAGUGUAGUAAAAUGAGUGAACUUUUAUGAACAAUUUUAAAUUGCCACUAUGCUUGGGCUGUAUUAUGGUAAUAUAGCAUUCUGUGGUAUUUUGAAUCCUUAUGACAAAAUUCAGUGGGUGGGUGACUCAAGUCAUAUAACUCAAUUCUGACUCAAAUCUCAGUUUUUUUGACUUGAGAACUGCUUUCCAAUUUAUGAAAAACACUAGACUUGACUUUCAAAGUCACACAUUCUAUCACUGCAUUUAAUAUUAGUUUCUACCUUGAUUUUCACAUCGUCACCAACUACACAAUUGUGAUUCUGACUGGUUUCAUAAGAGCCCUAAACAUGCUGUGCCAUGUGCAUUCAUAAACAAGAAACGCUACAACACACCCACAAAAUGGGCAACACACCCACAAAAUGGGCAACACAAGGGAUUUUUAGGUGAACGCAGUCCAGCGCGCUACCAUUAAGUAACUACGGCAGCAUACGUACUAAUAAUCAUAAACUUUGGUUACUCAAAUAUUUAUGCAGAUGAAAUAGAAAAAUGACAGCAGUCUGAAAAACAUUAAAAAAUCUCACACACUGACUACAAACUGUAAUUUGUAAUUGUACUUACAAACUGUUAUAACUGUUUUAGAUGUGAAUUUCUGAACACUUAAAAUUCAAAUAUUAAUACACGUGAAAAUAAUCAGAAUUAAAAUUGAUCAGUUUUUAAAAUUAAUCACUGUAACUAAAUGCAUUAAAUUAGGAUUAAUCACUAUUAAUUAAUGUGGGUACCUCCACACUUCCUCAUAUAGCUGCUACCCCUAAUUGUAACUUCCACAACAACAACUAUUCUUCUACUCUUUCUUUGUUGACCACAGUGAAACUCAGUGCUGCCACCUACUGGAAACACCUAGUCCAUUUCCUUGUCACGCACAGUCAGCGCAGGGAUGCUUAUAAUGUCCACCAGACAUAAAAAUCCAGGCUGCAUGCAGAAAGGUGAAUUAUGAAUCAGCCAAUUGGAUACUGGUUCAAAUGCUGGGCUUGGCAAAGUGAUUUUACCAUUGGGCCCUUGAGCAAGGCCCUUAACAACAAUUGCUCCAGAGACUGGCUGACCUUACUUUCGCAAUAGUACAUGACUUUGAAUAAUAAUAAAAAAAAACUGCUAAAUAAAUAUAGAUGCUGGUUUUAUUUAACAGAGCAACUAGAAAAAAAGGAUCCUUUUGUAAUGCUACCAUAGUUUUGCCAGUUGUAAUAAUAAGCGUAAAAUCGACAUGUUCCUGCCUAUGAUUCAUACACCAUAGAUUAGUGUGCUUUGUAUAACAGGACAACCAAGUUGGGAAACGGACGGCUGUGACACUGUAGAAAUAAACAACACAUUAACAUGCAGAUGCACGCACUUGACAUUUUUUGCUGUACUAAUGGUGAGUACAUUUUAAUACUAAGAAACUACUGUUGUACCACUAACACAUAUGUAACCCGUAAUGUGUUGUGGCAUUUUAUAUAUCUCUGAUAUCUUUCGUUAAAAUAUUAACCUGUUUUUACAGCUGGGUUAGUGAAGCACAGUUUAAGCCUGCCAAGGGACUUAAUCCUACACCCUAAAGCAGAGGUACUCAAAUGAAACACAAUGUAAUCCGGACCAUGCAGCCCUCAGAGAAAAAUAAUUGAGUACCCCUGCCCUAGUGCCUCAGAUUUGGCAAGUUAACCACUGCAUUACCUGCUGCCACAGUAUAGGAGUAUAUUCUAUAUUCUAGCUGCAUCUUGCCAGUGCUUCUGUACAUGUAUAAUGCGUAAAAAAAAAAACAAAGAAAAAAAAGUUAAGCUGUUAUGAUCUUUUAUGCAUGUUAUCAUUAUAUUUUAAUUGCCUGUUGGCCGUGGUCCUAAACAGAUGUUUUCUGGAAUCUCCUAGAGCGACCCUGUGGGUAUAAGUAACUCCGAUGUGAAAAAAUUGACCUAUAUCACAUACAUUGGCUGCGGGGUGUCCACAUUCUUCUUGGG